AUGGGAUCAAUAGACAUCCCCCAAAGACAAACCGUUGCACUCGUGCGCAAUAUUGGUGGCAAGGUCGAGUUCGCAGACUAUCCAGUUCCUGUCCCAAAAAGCAAUGAAGUCCUCGCGAAGGUGCUAUACACCGGUGUCUGUCACAGUGACUUCCAUACCAGAGCUGGCACCGCAGCCGGCCCAGAUGGCAAUCCAAUCACAAAUAUCAAGUUUCCACACGUUGGCGGACACGAAGGCAUCGGUCGAAUUGUAGCCCUCGGUCCGGACAUCACGCACGGCACCGGCCUCAAGGUUGACGGGCUUGUUGGGAUCCGGUUCUCAAGUCGCAUUUGCCGACGUUGCGAGUUCUGUCUUGCGGGCACAGAACAGUACUGCGUACAGGGCACGAAUCAUUUGCAUCACGAGGAUGGAAGCUUUCAAGAGUACAUUGCGUUAGAUGCGGAUUAUCUAACUGUGUUGCCGGAUGACGUGGAUCCAAUGAUAAUGGGCCCAGUGCUUUGCGCAGGAUUAACCGCUUACAAGGCUGUUUUGAAUGUGGAUAUUCGUCCAGGAAGCUGGUUGGUGGUUGUCGGCGCCGGAGGCGGUCUGGGACAUCUGGCAGUACAGUAUGCGAAGGCACAAGGGGCUCUAGUUAUCGGCGUGGACACCGGUCCUGGCAAAAAGGAAUUUGUUCUAGGCGUCGGGGCAAAGGAAUUCAUUGAUUUUGCUACCGAAGAUCCUGUCAAGAGGGUACAAGAGCUCACCGGUCUAGGGGCGCAUGCUGUUGUUGUGACUGCCGGUAGCGCAAAGGCCUUUGCCCAUGCUUGCGACAUGUUGCGGGUGGGAGGCAGUCUAAGCUGCGUAGGUAUUCCUUCGGGUCGUCCAUCCCUUGAGACACCGAUCUGCACGAUUGUGCUCAAAGGGCUGCGAAUUACUGGCAAUUUAGUUGGUUCACUGAAGGAAUGCAUGGAGGCUGUUGACUUGGUGCGGCGGGGUGUCGUAAAGCCGGUCAUACAAGUUCGACCGUUCAGGGAGCUACCGCAGGUAUACGAGGAGAUGGAGAAGGGGGACAUCGCGGGACGUGUGGUUCUGAAAAUUGCAGAGUGA